AUGAGGGUCAAGUUACGUCACCUCCUCGUGCUCAUCCUCGUCCUCCUCCUCCUCUACGUACUGAUCUCAUGGACCUCGUUUUCCCCUGUUCCUGCAAUCACAUCGCUGACCUCGCUGUCAGAUUCGUGCACCAAGAUCCCACCCUCACUAGCGACCGCCAUCGUGCACUACGCCACCUCCAACACCACCCCGCAGCAGACCCUCGAGGAGAUCUCCGUCACCGCCAGAGUGCUACGGAAGAAGUCGCCGUGCAAUUUCCUGGUCUUCGGACUCGGCCACGACAGCCCCAUGUGGAGCGCGCUCAACCACGGCGGCCGCACCGUCUUCCUCGAGGAGGACGGCUCGUGGAUCCGGACCGUCCGCGGGCGGUUCCCGGCGCUGGAGGCGUACCACAUGACGUACCGCACCAAGGUGAGCCAAGCGGAGGGUCUCUUGGCAUCGGGGCUGAAUUCGACGGACUGCGCGGUCUGGAACGCCAAGUGCCCGCUGGCACUGACGGAGCUGCCGGCCGUGUUCUACGAGGUGGAGUGGGACUUGAUCAUGGUGGACGCGCCGACCGGUUACCAAGCGGACGCUCCGGGGCGGAUGGGGGCGAUAUACACGGCAGGGAUGGCGGCGAGGGGGAGGAGUGCGGGGGAGACCGACGUGUUCGUGCACGAUGUGGAUAGGGUUCUGGAGGACAAGUUCUCCACGGCCUUCCUCUGUGAAGGAUACCUGCGGGAGCAGGUGGGGAGGCUGAGGCACUUCACCAUUCCCAGCCGUCGGACUACUCCGGCCAUCGCAUUCUGUCCCUGA